GAGUUCGCAGAUUGCGCUAGCACCCUUCCAGCCUCGCCGCUGCCGGUCCCGGGGCUGCCUUCUGGAGGGCCCCCCCUCCGCUCGGCAGGCAGCUCUGCCUCUCUGCCCGCCCCCCGGCCUCGUCUCUCGCUUUUCUCCACCCCCUGGGUUCAUUUCCCCUCCGGCUGGCCCAGCGCUGUGCCUGGCUGCAGCUGCUCGGUCUGCAGGGAUGGUGGGAGCGGGGCUGGCGCUGGCGCUCUGCGCGCUGCAGCUCUGCCCGGCCGUGCUCGGAGCCUCCGGCCCGCAGCUGUUGCUGGAGCGGAGCCGCUCCCGGAGCCUGCGCAAGGUUGGUGGCUUUGCCUGGGAGAACUGUGGUGACAAAAAGAACCCUGUGGUGCUGCAGAGCCUCUCCGUGGCACCUGACCCCAUCAGCAUUCCGGGCAGCCUGCGCAUCAGUGCUGCUGUCAGCAGCGGCAAGACCAUGGCCUCCCCUCUGAAGGCGGUGCUGGUGGUGGAGAAAGCGCUGGGUGACCUCUGGAUCCAGCUGCCCUGCAUCGACCAGCUGGGCAGCUGCACCUACAACGAUGUCUGUGCCAUCCUCGACAACCUCAUCCCACCUGGCACCACCUGCCCGGAGCCCCUGCUCACCUACGGCAUCCCCUGCCACUGCCCCUUCAAAGCGGGCUCCUACUCCCUGCCAGCCAGCGACUUCGACCUGCCCGAGGUGGAGCUGCCCACCUGGAUGACCAACGGCAACUACCGUGUCCGGGCGGCUGUCAGCAACGGUGGGGAGGAGCUGGCCUGUGUCAAGCUGGCCUUCUCCUUGCAGUCCCAGUGAGAGGUGGGGGACUGUCCCUCCUCUCCCCAACACCUUGGCCCCCUGUUCCAUCCCAUCCAGCUGUACCCCAUCCCAUUCCAGUGAGGUGCAUCCCUCCGGCCCCCGUACCCCAGCUUGGUGCUGCCCUUCCCCUGCUUACACAGAGGAAGGCUGCUUUGCCUGCCCUGCUGCCACCAAGUCCCACCCCAGCCUUUCAGCGUGACCUGGGGGAAGUUAACCUCUACAUGGUUCUCUCUCUCUUUUUUUCCCCCUAGUUAAUCCAAUCAGGGCAGUUUUAGACACAAACAUUCCAUAGAAAAGCACUAUUUCUUGGAGCAGUCCAUGGGGAGGAGGGAGCAUUUGGGAGUUCUGGGGCAGGCUCGGAGGGAUGCAGGAUUAGAUGUGGAAGGAAGGUGUCUCUGCUUGUUCCCCCCCAACUCUGGCCAGAGCAUGAGGCUGUUCUGCAGAGCAGCCACUAGGAGCAGUUCUGGGUCUGCCUUUGGGGCACCCCAGUCCUGCACAUGGGACAAGCUUGGUCACAUGAGGCACUGGUAGGGACACUUCCCCAUGCCCCUCCUGUGACAAACAUCACGGCUGCAGCAGGACUGCACCACCCAACCCCCCAGUGGCCAUUCCCACCGGUGAGGCACCAAGUGGCUGGUGCUGCCCCCAGCAGCAGUAGGAGUGACACUGGCUGUGCUCUCUGCAGGGGAAUGUGGCUGUGCUGGGUGGCUGGGGCACAUCCUGGCCUAGGACAAGUCCCAUUCAUCUCGUUCAGGCACUGGGGCUGAGCUGAGGCAGGAUGCUGCACUAGGACCAUAUUUCCCUGGGCAGAAGCACCUGCACAAUGUGGAGCACCAUCCUGGGCAUGGGGUGUACUGGGAGGUGACCAUGAAGACCCCC